UACCUUGGACUUCUCCAAUUCACGCUUCAAAGCCUGAAACACAAAACAUCGCUGAAAUUUUCCAUCAAACAGAGAAGUUCACACACCAUUUACUAUUUUGAACCGUACCUUAGCCGUUUCCUGACAUGGUCCAGCACUAAGAAACUUGGCAAUCAAGAAAUACAGUUCUGGAAGAGAAACAACCAUUGUAACCAACGUAUCACACAUCGCUAAUUUACACAACGAUUUAAGAUUAUUUAGAGGAAAAUUUAUACCUGAUGCCACACAGGAUUGAUGAGAUGACGUAUCGGUAUCCAUAACUGCAUGUUUAAUCUACGACUUAACAAACAUGACGACGAAAAAUAAAUAACUAUUCUUCGGACAUAACUUGCUUUCCCAUUUAGAACUCAUUGCACUUCACUACCAAUUCGAACCGCAAGCCAAUAUUAGAGGAUGCGCGAAGCGAAAUAGAUCCACGAUUCUGAAAACAUUGCUGCCGCAAAUUUUCAGAAUCAUUACUAUUAAACUGGCAUAAUAAUUACUUAUAUACUUAGAUGAUGGUGGCAAGUUAUGGACGGCUUUAUUUGUACGCAAGCAAGAGCUGUACUUGUAUUUCUGACCGAUGCGAAUGAAUACAAAAUGGCUCGUAUGUCGUCAAUUGAAUAAAACUCGAGAAGUUUUCGUAACCCCUUGAAAUGAACACAGGCAAGUGAGAUAUUGUUGUACUUGUAAACUUUCAACUGAAUAUUUGCAAUAAAGAUAAAUGCAAACGCAACGAAAUCUUACAUGACAGAAUUCACGGUCUUUUAAAAGACUGCACACUCCUGCAGUAGUGUCUACGUGGUAGUAUGCGGAUCAGCUGAUUCUCGUGGUUACAUGUACAGCAAUACCAAAAUGUUAUUUUAUAUAAACUAACUCAUAUUACUAUUUUGCAUUUCGUUUUCAAAAACAUUGUUAAACGAUAUUACCCCCAAGUAUUGACAGGAGAGAUGAGAAUAAAGCAACAUUUUUUUUCAGUUAAGAGGUCCAUUUAACUGUGCUUGUGAUUUUCAUUUAUUACGGAAUGUCUUGGUUACGUGAAAAUACUCUGAACUGGAUUCAGUAUGUGUGUUUAAAGGUGGUUAAAAGUGGUGGAGUGCCGAAUCAUGUUGCAUUUAUAAUGGACGGAAAUAGGCGGUUUGCGAAGAAAAACAAUGUAGCCAAAGUGGAAGGACACACGAAAGGGUUUGACAAAUUGGCGGAAACUUUACAAUGGUGCUUGGAUCUUGGAAUACCAGAAGUUACUGUUUAUGCUUUUAGCAUAGAAAAUUUUAAACGUAGCACUGAGGAAGUGAACGAGUUGAUGGAUCUUGCAAGAGAUAAAUUCAAAAGACUGCUUGAUGAAAGAGAAAAGUUAAUGGAUCAUGGAGUUAGUGUCAGAGUGAUAGGUAACCUAGCAUUGCUUCCAGAGGAUUUGAGACAGUUAAUGUCUGAAGCAAUGAUUCUUACUAAAGACAAUAACAAAGCAUUUUUAAAUAUAGCUUUUGCGUAUACAUCUCGAGAUGAAAUCACAAGUGCAAUUAAGAGUUUAGUAGCAGGAGUGGAGAAGAAAAUAAUACUUCCAGAAGACAUCAGUAAGCAUGUAAUAAGCCAAUGCUUAUACACUAAUAAGAGUCCCAAUCCUGAUCUUCUUAUUAGAACAUCAGGAGAAAUAAGGUUAAGCGAUUUUCUUCUUUGGCAGACUUCAAGUACAUGUGUGUAUUUCUCCAAGGUUCUUUGGCCAGAAUUUAGUGUUUGGCAUAUGCUGACUGCUGUCUUCCAUUAUCAACGGAACAGACAAAAUAUUGUUAGACUGAAGAAUUUUGAAGAAAGUUGUGGUUUAGAAAAUCACCGGGUUGAUCUUUUCCUUGAAGAUUUGCAUUCACAGAGACAAAUGUUUAUGGAGAAAGCUAGGCAAGGUAUUGCAUGAAGUUUUUGUAUUGAUAUUAUUAAAAUUUUAUUUGGAAAAAAAAGAUCUCGCUCACUGUACAUCAAAUAGUACUUGCUAUACAUUUAAGAGGGUUGAUACACAAUUUUGUUAUGUAUUAUUGUUGUUGUAAAUUGUUCAGAAAAUAAAAUAGCUUCUGAAAUU